AUGCACGACCUUAAACCCCUCCAGCUUCCCAAGCUUGUUGCAGCCCGCAAGUCUUCCAAAGGCUCACUCAACAUGUACGACGACCCGACUGCAUCGAUUUAUUCCAAUGCCGACUCGGGUUUCUACUCGGCUUCGGAAUGCUCGACACCGCCAACGCCAAGUCAAUACACGCGAGGUCACUUUCGCUUUCCCAGCUCGGCUUCGUCACUGUCAUCGAGCCCGCCCACCUACGAGCCCACCGAGCCUCCCAACAGCUCAGGCAAGCUACCCAAGCUUACCGAAGAGCCUCUUGAGCGUGAGUACGACUACGGUAGCGAAGAUCCGUACCGUUGCUCUUGCGACGCCGGCAGUACCUAUGGCCACGCGCAAGACUGCAGGAUAUCCAGAGCCUACGAGCCCCAGGACGAGUACUUCACUACCUGCGAUUCGGAACUGCGACUGGCCAAGCGACGACGGUCCUUGGAAGCAUCCGCGCACAGCAUCGCCGGCAAGCUCGAGAGGCGUUUCCCCUCGUUGUCGCGCAAAGUGCGCGAUCGGAGCUCGACUCUCAGCAAGGUUUCACGCAGCGCUACCCCUUCAAGAGUACCUUCUACUCGAUCCUCAUCGCUCGCUGGCUCAAUUUACCAUGUCUCGACCGUCGACCUCCCAGAAGACUACGUGUCGCCAACCUCUACACCAGCCCUCACAAGCAGGGAGCAUUUGAGUGAUGAUGCGCCUACGCCGAUGGCCAUCGACGUCAACAAGGCCAAUGCCAUGGAAAUCGACCCCGAGGAGGUGGAGCGGGAGCGCUAUGCCACGACGCCAUUACUACCGCCAUUGCUUGUGAACUGCCGGAACAAUGACCUACCAGCAUCUUCGCCCCUGCAGUCGCCAGCAGUUGCAGAUACGACUCAAUCCAUGGGCCCGACUCCAGCCGGCACCCCACCAAUGCGCACUUACCCUACUCCUCCCCUCUCUUCCAAAACAUCCUUUGCGUCGAUCAGAGCACCAAAUGCCGGAUACAUGGUCCCCUCAUCCGACAUUCCCCCUCUAAUGCUCGCCAACCCACAGGACAAGUGGGCCAUGGAGUUAGGCCAUGCGAACUUCACCAUCCUGCCAGAGCCUUAUGUCCCUGAGGUCUGCACCGCAGCGUCUAUUGAAGAACACCUUGCCGAAUGGGCGCAAGCGCGGCGCAACUACGCAAAACAUCAAGUGCGAACUGCGGAACACUACGGAGUGACAUCCAGACACUAUCUUCUUACCGAGCAAAAGUGGGCUGAAAUCGAUGCCGAAUGGAAGAAGAACCACGAUCUGGCCAAGUCACAUGCGGCUGCUAUCGGUCAAGAGCUCGCCCCGAGCUCACCCACGGAGCCAGGACCCCUUAGCAAGAUGCCAACGCUACAUGAUCCUAAGAGCGAGGGCAAGUUCCCCAAACUCGGCGAUGAGGACAUUGUCGGCCCCAUGCAACAGGCGGCCGCACUACUACCGAAAACACCUUCGCGCAAGCGUGCCUUUUUCAAAUUUCUAAGCGACCUACGGUUCCCUGGUACCUUCCUCGGUCGCUCCUCGGGCGGUGUCCGGGGCCACUAG